GGAGGUGACUUUAAAAUUCCGCGCAUUCAUAGCUCCCAUAACCCGAAAAUCCAAAAUCCAAGUACAAAUCCAACACAAUUUUGACAAAUUCGAAAACCCAAUUUCUUAACCCACUUACCCAAAUUUAGCACCCGAUUUUCGAAUUUUCAUAUUUAUCCAAUCAUCCAAUUCCUAAUUCUACUGAAUUUUCCGAUUCCUUGGUGCACCUGUCUCUGUCCACCCACCAAGAUCAAUCUCCAUCUCUCUCCUUCCACUUCCUUCCCACCUCUCUCAGGUGAAGAAUAUAACCGUAAGUUAUACCAAAACCAGAAAAGGCAUCCGACAUUGUUAAAUAGAAGAGGGAGGGUACCAGUCCGCAGAGGCAGUGGGACUUCUGCGAGCUUUGUGUCCUCUCUUGUACUUAUCAAAGUACAGUUAUUGCUCCUAGCGCUCUGUUGAUUAAUGCACAAGUGGAGCUUGAUUGGUUUUGGUUGAUGAGAGUGUAGAAUUGUUGCCGAGACUUAUUUUGAAGCUGGCACAAUGGGUUCUGUUUGUUGUUGUUUGAAUUCUGAGAAUUUUGAAGAUUAUGUGAACCCGAACAGUUCUGCAUAUAGGGACUGUGCCUGUCUUAGUUGCUUUCUUCAGAACUUUCUAAAUGUGUAUACAUCACUAUUCAGAAGAGAGGAAGUGCAUUCGAUCCCCUCAUCCAUUCAGGGGGCUGCAUCAAUGAACUCCUCAGCAUCACUUGACAACUCCUUGUCUGACAUGUAUCGUUCGCCUCCAAGGCCCUUGCCUUAUGAUGCUGACCCCAGAUACAAUCGCUUGCAGCGGGAUGGGUUGAUUUCUAGGCGGGAGAAGGGCUCAAGUCACUCUCAUGAGGAGGCUGAACCUCUAAGAAGUGAUACUGAUGCAGAUUCUGAAAGUUUGAGUACGGGAGAAAAAUGGAAUGGCUCUGCUUGUGAAGAUGGGUCAAAAGAACAUCGUUCCAAGUCCUCAAUGAAGUUCUCAUCGGCCAAAGCUACAACUGGAAUUGGGAACUUCUAUUCAUCCUCAGAGGACGAGGAUGUUUGUCCAACAUGUCUUGAAGAAUACACACACGAAAACCCAAAAAUAAUAACAAAAUGCUCUCAUCAUUUUCACCUUGGUUGUAUAUAUGAAUGGAUGGAGAGAAGUGAAAGCUGCCCUGUUUGUGGCAAGGUGAUGGUAUUCGAUGAAACGACUUAAUCGCGAUCGAAAAGGUUUGCGUCGUUGAUGAAUCCAACAACUUUGGAAGAGAGAGAACACUAAGGAAGUGAUUUUCAUUGUGAAUACCACAUGUCGAAAGUGUCAAUUGAUGGUACAUAUAAACUUGAUUUCUGAGAACUUGUAAGUAAAUAUUCAUUCCAUAUAAGUUCUUUCUUGCUUGCA